GCACGGUGUUCGCUGUUCACUUAGUAAACUGCAUUCACUAUGAGGAUGUUAGUUGUGGACGUAGGACGACUUUUAUUUUUGAUCGAAGUUUUAUGAUAGGUACGAGAAAUUUGUACUUUUCGCGCCAAAACAUUUUUAAAUAAUUUACUUAUUUUUGUUCAAUGUCAGUGCAUGACGUUGACGACAUUGACAUUUGACAACAUAAAAAAUAUACAUUUUGACAAAUUAACUUUCAAGUUUCAAAAUGGCGUUGAAGGUGCAAUGCGGUGUUUCCGCGGAAACGCGAAAGCGAGAAUCAUGAUUGAAAAACACCAAAUAACUUAUAAAAAAUGAUAGUGAUGUGUGCUGGAAGUGUUUGUUUUACAUAAAUCACCUACUGUAUCCCUGUGAUUUUUUGGUGAUCAGUUUCACCCGUGUUUUUAAUUAGUAUGUUGCGGAGAGUUAAUUUUUAUUCAAUAUGUAUUGCGUUCGGUCUCAGUGUUCUCUUAAUACUUGCUGGAAGUCGAUAUACAGAUAACACUAAUUACCGUCCAUCUGAGAGCCGCAGGAAUAUUAGAAAUUUUCUCAAACCAGUGGAAGAUAUGGAAGAAAGUUUAAUGCAACCGAUUCCGACGAACGCGGAUGAUGGUGCCCCAGACGUCGAUAAAAUUUUAGAUAGAACUCGAAUAAAAAUUAAACAUGAAUUGUGGAACUAUAAUUUCACCCAGUCUGGUGUACAAAACCUUGACGGUUUACUCAUGGAGUCAGGAGGCCAACCCUUGAGAAGUCUGAUUAUAUCUACUUGGAGAUCGGGAACAACUUUUCUGGGAGAAGUUCUUAAUGCUGUGCCAGGCAAUUUUUAUCACUAUGAACCUUUAUUAAACUAUGGCAUUGUCCAGAUUAGAGGUACACCGGAUGCUGACAAGGCCCUAAAAACUAUUAAAAAGAUGUUUCAUUGUCAAUUUGAUGGUAUGGAAGAUUAUUUUGAAUAUGGCAAGGGUCACUGGCAUCAGUUUAGCCAUAAUACAAGACUAUGGGACCAUUGUAAAUAUAAGAAAGAACUGUGUCUUGACGCUGAUUUUACUUCCAGGUUUUGUAGGUUGUUUCCUUUUCAAAGUAUGAAAGUUGUACGUGUUAGGUUACGCCUUAUAAAGCAGUUAUUACAAGAUAAAGAGCUUAAUCUGAAAGUAAUCCUAUUAGUCCGAGAUCCUCGUGGAGUGAUGCAGUCGAGACAACACCGUAACUUCUGCCAGCCUGCACCAGACUGUUGGAAACCAGAACUACUCUGUGCUGACAUGAUCAGUGACUAUGUGGCAGCUGCAAGACUUAAACAGGAAUAUCCCAAUCGAUUUAUGACUUUACGUUAUGAAGAGCUGGCCCUGAGUCCAAACAGCACCUCGUACGCACUGCUAAAGUUCCUAGGCUUGGGUAUAACGCCGUCAAUCGACGAGUUUCUUCACUCGCACACUAAUAUCGAGGUGGCUGGUGUCAGCUCCACGUUCAGGGUCUCCCGCGAUGUGCCUUUCCGAUGGAAGAAUGUUCUAGAUUUUAAUUAUGUUGAUGAAAUACAGAUGACGUGCAAAGAGGCUAUGUCUCUAUGGGGCUACCACAACGCGUACAACGCAACACACAUGACCAGUAAAGACUACAACCCUCUCGACCAGUACUCCCUUACUCAGUGAAUUUAUCAUCAUUGCGCCAUCGAGUUUCUAAUCGCUUCUGGAAUAAUUAGUUUACAUCAAGUUCACAUAUUAUGUAGGUUAUUUUUAAGAUGAUGCUGCAUUAUUUUCAUAUAUCCAUACAUUUUAAUUGCCAAUGCAAUAGUUAUAAUAAAACCACUACAUUAUUUAUUACAAAAAAAUUGAAAUGAAUUAAAAUGGCUUCAAAACUAGUAUUAGAAACAAAAUGCUCCUAAUGCAAAAAUUAUACUAAUCAUACUCUUAAGUAUUUACAAUGUAAGUACAUGACAUUGAAUUGAUAUUUUUUAUUACAUAUCGUAUAUGAGUAGUUGUAUUACUUAAGUUGUUUUAGUCAUUAUUUUGAUGUUUGAUGUUAGAUGUAGUUAUUGUCAAUUUUAUUAGUUUUAUUUGUAAGACUGAAUUUCUCUUGUUUUUUACCUUUAAAGAUAGCGCAUCUCUAUUAGACGAAUGGCACUCUAUUAAAAUCUUCGUAAAAUUUUGAUGCCGCUAUCUAUUGCCAUCUCUCUCUAGUUCAUGUUAAAUGUAUGAAAUAAAAGAAAUGAGUAUAUUCUGCUUUGCAGAAUCCCUGAAUUGAGGCUGACUUUCGGUUUAAUAAUAAUUGGUUGAAAAUUUAACUCAAAAUAUGCAGAAACUUGUCCUGUUCUAAUUUCUUUCUUAAGACUAUUAGAUAGCAGUUUAGCUUUUGAAAUCCCAGUUUGAAUUUAUACACAAAAUGACAUCUGAAAUAUCGGAAUAAUGAUUUGCUGUAAAAAUUCCAAUUGGGAUUUUGCAUUGUUCAAUACUGGUAUAUAUUGUGUGUGAAAGGGAAGGUUAGGUAGAGUUUCUACAUAUUUUGAUUCACUCAAUCUUUUUACUUGUGUUGUAAUUUAGGUGUGCUAUAGAAAAGUCUGGUUGUUUAAAAACAGCGCGUGUGUGUUAUAUCAUAAUGUAAAAGAUGGACCAUUAGACAUUAGAGGUUAAAAUUGCUUGAACAUUGAAGAACGUAUAAACGCGUUUUAGUUGACUUUUACCUAGUAUGUUCGACCAAUUUUCACUUCUACCACUCAAUGUGCUCUUUUAGAGUACACGGGCAGGAGCGGAUGCAACUAGUCGUAUUUUUACGAUUUCCCGUUCACAGUUCCCAACUCCAAACACACGUAUUUCCUCUUCAAGCUUUUAAUUUGCGGUACAAAGAAAGAAUAAAGAAAAUUUAAUUUCUUUAAUCGAAAAUUCGUAUGAGAGAACAGGGUAUAACAGACGUUAGAUCUAGAGUGGUGAUUAAUUUCAUGUUCAGCAAACUUUAUGGCUAACAUCCCGUACCACAUUAAUAAAAUCAAGUCUUCUUUUCUACGCACCGCAAAAUAAAAGUUUGAGCUUUCAAUCGAACGCCUACCUGCACUUUGAAAGAGCACAAAGCGUUUUCAAUUAACUAUAUUAUUUAUUAAGCUUAGGCGAGUACUUGUUAGUUUUAGCACUCACGGAAUUGAUGAAUGUCGAUGCUUCCAAUAUAUAGACACUUUAAUGUACAUAACUAUAGUAUGUAUAUCUAUUUGCUAUAUGGCCCCUAAGUACAUGUAUUGUGUAAAGGACGAAAGCUACUUUUUGUUCAAAUAACGUAAACAGUGGGGGUCAUUUCCUAUCUGUACCUUCAGCAUACGAUUUUACUUUUCACCAAUUUUGAUAGUAUUCGAGAGUCGAAACAAAAUAGCGUCGAAGUAAAAUGGAGCUAAAGAUUCUUGAUUUAAAGUCAACAAUUCAGUACCAUUGAUUUUGACUUCGCACCGUUGCCGCUUGGAGCGCUGGCUGUAAAUAUAUUUGCAAAUUUAAGCAUUAAUACAAGGCAGUUAAGGGAUGUUUUACUUUAACGCUAAAGUGUUUCGACUCAAAUACUAGUAUCAACGUUGGUGAGAAGUUAAAUCUUAUGCUUAGGGUACUGUAUACGUAUUCGCUUCUAGCACACGAGAAUUGAGGCUUUUAAGCGAUAUUGUUAUAAAUUUUAAAGCUAUAACACCAAAUGAAUGACCGUAAAACUGGUGCUUCUACGUUGAAACAAUAAACGCGUACGUUAAAGAAACCAAAUUUAAGGUCAAUUAAUAACUUAUUGAAAAGCAUAAAAUUCAGACACAUUUAUGUUGCAUCUAUAUAUAGGCUUGAAUUAUUAAAAAAAUUGUGAAUUUCAGAUUUUUUAGUUAGCAACUCCACGCACAAGCGUGACACUGAAAGUUAGUUUUUGGCCACGCGCCAAAAUAUCCUUGUCGCACUAUAA